UCCACCAUCAUGCCUCAUCCUCUCAUCUUCCCCCACUGUCACAUCUCACUUCAGAAGACAGCACGAUAAUGAACGAACUUACAUGCGCAACCACAAACUUGAUUCCCUUCAUCUCUCCAUUGUCAAUUGUCAUGAUUUGUACCACCUUUAAGCUGAAGAGUCAUCAUCUCUCACCCAAUCAACGAAUGUCGAUACGCCUUUUACCCUCCACCUCGUCCUUCCACUUCUUGUUGACCCUUUUCCUUGCACCCACCAUCCAUAUCCCCACCUUUUUUUCAUGUUUUGUGGCCAAUGUCUCUUCUGGUUUAUAGUAGUAAUGUUGUGAACUGACUGUGGAUUUGUUUACGCAAACGCAUCAUUUUCCCCGAUACGUGCAUCGAUAAGCACGUAUAGGCUCUGGUAUCGUGGGAUUUGUAGCGCAAAAUAGACAGGGAACGCCAAGAGAUAGAAGUUUGGGGUAGCAAAGUGGGGCAAUUGCAAUGAUACUAGAGUAUUUUAAGCAAGUA